AAAAAGCAAUCAAUCAUUCUCAAUCUCCAAUGCAAUGCAUCCCUCUCUCUAACCCUUCACUCUCCAUUCCCGACGACGGCUUCCAAGCUCCUCAUCUUCUUCGUCGCCGUCAAUCUUCCCUUCCCGAUCCUCCCCCAAAUCCCAAACUUCCGUUGCAUGCCAACCCGCCUCUCUUUUUCCACCCCCUGCGAUUACCAACUGCAGAACCUGCAUCCAAGAGGCGGCGCCAGCAGAGGAGAGAUCAAUCUCUAUCUUUAAAGAAAUACCCAUUUGCCUCUUUGGGCUCCUGGAGAAGGACUUCACAAAAACCCAGCAAAGGGUUCGCUUGCUAUUCUGUUCAAUCCUUGGAUCUGGUACAAUACAGGAACUAGGGUCUCCGUCACCAACGGCCUAAGGGUGAAAUCCAGAGAGACGAUGAACGAGUUCUUCUUUUUCAGAGAGAUCAUGUCCGAUUACAAGAAGGAUCUAAGGAGGAAGUAUUUCGUGGUGACGGGAGAGGAACCCAACGAGGAGAUGAUGGAGAAGAUAGCUUCAGGGAGUGGUGGGGUCGAGUUGAUGUUGACGGCGGCGGCGAAAGGGAGGAACACGGGGGACUUGCAGAGAGAGGAGAGGCACCAAACUGUGGUGGAUAUACAGAGGAGCUUGACGAACCUUUACGACGGCUGCAUAAGCUUGCGCCUCCGUUGCUGGGAGAACAGAUCGAGAUCGAUCACUCCUUCGCUGGCGCCGCCUCUUGGAUACAGCUUUUGCAGUUGGUAAACGUAGGUGGUUGGUGGGAAGGUAGAAGAUACUGGUUGGCGAGCGACGAAAGUUUGGCAAUCGGGGAGGAUCGGAAAGGGAAGGGAAGAUUGACGGCAACCGCGAUGAAGAAGAUGAGGAGGUUAGAGAUGGGGAUGCAUUGGAGAUUGGGAAUGGUUGAUUGGGUUUUUUAGGUAGGUUAGGUCAAGAUCGGGUGGGUUGGGUUUAAGGACGUGGCGGGUUUAAUGGUGCGGAGGGUUGGUUUUAAGUUUUUUAUUUAUUAAAAUUGAUUGAUUGUGCAUUUCUGUUAACCACAUCAGCAAAAAGUUGACGUCGUUAACGGAGACUAAUGGAAAGUACGAAGAGUGACCAAACUUAAACUGUUUAGCUAAUCAUAGUGAUGACGAAUGGAAUUAAAUAUUUCUAGUGACUAAAUGUGAACGUUUUUUGUAAUCUCAGUGACCAAUCUUGCAGUUAACCUAUAUGAAG